AUGCAGUCGCAAACCGCCCCAGCUCAAGCCAUGAGCGGCCUCAACAUCUCCAAGCGCCGCAAGUUCGUGGCCGACGGUGUCUUCUACGCCGAGCUCAACGAGUUCUUCCAGCGCGAGUUGGCCGAGGAAGGUUACUCUGGUGUCGAGGUUCGCGUCACCCCAACUGUCACCGACAUCAUCAUCCGCGCAACACACACCCAGGAGGUUCUUGGUGAGCAGGGUCGCAGAAUCCGUGAGCUCACCAGCUUGAUCACCCACCGCUUCCGCUUCCCACCCGACUCGGUCUCCCUCUACGCCGCCAAGGUCCAGUCCCGUGGUCUCUCCGCCGUUGCUCAGUGCGAGUCCCUCCGCUACAAGCUCCUCAACGGUCUUGCCGUCCGCCGCGCCUGCUACGGUGUGCUUCGCUUCAUCAUGGAGUCUGGCGCCAAGGGCUGUGAGGUUGUCGUUUCCGGCAAGCUCCGCGCUGCUCGUGCCAAGAGCAUGAAGUUCACCGAUGGCUUCAUGAUCCACUCCGGUCAGCCUGCCAAGGACUUCAUCGACCACGCGACCCGUCACGUUCUCCUCAGACAAGGUGUGCUUGGUAUCAAGGUCAAGAUCAUGCGCGCAUCUUCAUCUCCAGGCGACCCGUCUGGCGAGAAGGCUGGCGGCAAGGGCCUGCCAGACUCCGUCACCAUCAUCGAGCCAAAGGAGGAGCAGCCAAUCCUCGCACCAAGUUCCCAGGACUACGGUGCCAAGGCUGCUCAGGCUGCACAGUACGCCCAGCAACAACAGCAGGCACAGGGCGAGGAAGGUGGUGCUGAGGGAGAAGCACCAGCUGCGCAAGAGUACUAG